AUGGGUUUCAGCAAGUGGCGCGGCAAGGUGUCGGAGCGGCCCAUCGUGGUCGACGCCGUCGCGACCGGUGUCGACGUCGAGGUCAACCCCGACGCGGAGCUCAAGAAGUUCAAGAAGAUCCACAAGUGGGAUCCGUUUUUGGACAUUGACAAGCUCGACGUCGCCGAGGAGGCCUUGGCAACCGGCGACUACGAGAAGGAGAAGGCCGUCGAGGAGGCUCUCCACGAGGACUCUCCCUACCCCGAGGUCCGGUCUUCGGUCCAACCCUUCGACGACCCCGAUCUGCCCAUCAACACGAUCCGCGCGUGGGUGAUUGGCGCCAUCAUGUGCACCAUCAUCGCCGCCUGCAACAUUCUCCUCGGCCUCCGUCGCUCCCCCAUCAUCAUCACACAGACCGUUGUGCAAUUGAUCAGUUACCCCGCGGGUGUCUACUGGGCCAAGGUCUUCCCCGACAAGACAUGGCACGUUGCCGGUAUUCCUCUCCAGCUCAACCCCGGUCCCUUCAACAUGAAGGAGCACACCGUCAUCACCAUGAUGACCGCCGCCGGUGCCACCGCCAGUUACGCCAUCGAUAUUCUCCUCGCCCAGGAGAUCUUCUACAAGCAGUUCUUCGGCUGGGGCUUCCAGAUCCUGCUCAUCAUCUCGACCCAGGCCAUGGGUCUGGGUAUCGCCGGUAUCCUGCGCCGCUACCUCGUCUGGCCCGCCGCCAUGGUCUGGCCCGCGACGCUCGUCACGACCACCGUCAUGAACUCCCUCCACGACCACUCGUCCUCGGACCCAGCCCUUACCAACGGCUGGAGGAUUGGCCGCUACAAGUUCUUCCUCAUUGUGGCUGCCAGUACUUUCGUCUACGAGUGGAUUCCCGAGGUGUUUGCCCAGUUCCUCCAGAUCUUCACCUUUGUCUGCUGGAUCGCCCCCAACAACGUCGUCGUCAACCAGGUCUUUGGUGGCCAGACCGGUCUCGGUCUCAUCCCCAUCUCCUUCGACUGGAGCACCAUUUCCGGUUUCCUGCUGUCUCCCCUGCAGACUCCUGCCUUCGCCAUUGCCAACGUCGGUAUCGGUAUCAUCAUCAUGAUGCUCGGCUGCAUUGGCCUUGCCUGGGGCGGUCCUGAGUUCUACCGCUACCUCCCCAUCAGCGCCAACUCCAACUUUGACCACUUCGCCCAGACUUACAACACCAGUCUCAUUCUCACCCCUGACUUCACCUUCAACGAGACCGCCUACAAGGAGUACUCCCCUCUCAUUCUCGGUCCUGCCUUCUCCCUCAGCUACGGCAUGGGUUUCGCCGGCCUGGUCUCCACCCUCACCCACGUCGCCCUCUUCUACGGCAGCGACAUCAUCGCCCGCACCCGCUCCGCCAAAAACGAGGAGGCCGACGUCCACCUUAAGCUUAUGCGCAAGUACAAGGAGGCUCCCGAGUGGUGGUUUAUGGCCAUGUUCGCCGUCAGCUUCGCCUUCGGCAUGAUUGCGUGCCAGGUCUGGAACACCCACCUGACCUGGUGGGCGUACAUCAUCUGCAUUCUCAUCGGCGCCUUCUUCAUCCUGCCCGUCGGCAUCAUCCAGGCCGUCACCAACCAGCAGACCGGUCUCAACGUCGUUACCGAGAUGAUUGUCGGUUACAUGACCCCCGGCCGCCCCGUCGCGAUGAUGCUGUUCAAGUCCUGGGGUUACAUGCUGUGCUACAACGGUCUGCAGUACGUGUCUGACAUGAAGGUCGGCCACUACAUGAAGAUUCCCCCCCGCACCAUGUUCGCCGCCCAGUCCUUCGCUGUCGUCUGGCUGUCUCUUGUUCAAAUCGCCUCCUACAACUUCCUCCGUGGCAACAUCGAGGGUGUCUGCACCUCCACCCAGGCCCAGGGUCUCACCUGCCCCAACGCCCGCACUUUCUACAACGCCAGUGUCAUCUGGGGUGUCAUCGGCCCCAAGCGCAUGUUCGGUGCCGGCCAGCUGUACUCCUGGGUCAACUGGUUCUGGCUCAUCGGCUUCGUCUGCCCCGUCGUCCAGUACUUCAUUGCCCGCCGCUACCCCCGCAGCAUCAUGCGCUACGUCUUCUUCCCCGCCAUCUUCGGUGCCGCCGGUAUGAUCCCUCCCGCUACCACCUGGUGGUUGGGACAGUGGGUCAUUGUCGGUCUCAUCUUCAACUGGUGGAUCCGUGGCCGCUUCUUUGGCUGGUGGACUCGCUACAACUAUGCCCUCUCCGGUGCCCUCGAUAUCGGUACCGCCCUUUGCAUCGUCAUCUCUGGCCUUGCUCUGGGUCUGUCAAACACCGAGUUCCCUGACUGGUGGGGCAACUCUGUGCCGUUUAACAACCUGGAUUCCGACGGCGCUGCCGUCACGAAGAUUCUUCCUGACGAUGGCUCCUUCAUCGGACCUUCUUCGUGGUAA